AUGAGCGCCUUCGCCCCUCCUGUCUCCCGCGACGGCUUCCUCUACCACGACACCUUCUAUGCCGACGUCGGCAACCUAAACCGACACCCACGCGCCAGCGUCGCCGAACUGACCGUCCUCCUUCGGCCCGAGCUCUUCACCAACAAGAAGUCCAACAACAGCGUUACCAAGGACCAGGUGGGCCACUGGUACGAGGCGCAAUUGCGGCACUAUGGCCUCCCGCCGACCAAAGACAAGAACGCGGCGAAGGUGCGCUUGCUGGGUGCGCUGAACACGGGGAAACUGGAGGUACCGAAGUAUGUGGAGAGGCUGGAAGAGGAGUUGAGGAAAGAGUAUGCGGCGGAGAAUCGGAGGGCGAAGGCGGCGGUUAAAGGGGCUGGCGUGCCAGGUGGUGGGGAGGGCAGUGGGAAGAGUGUGGGCGUGGGCCAGAAGAGGAAGCAGGCGGAAGCUGCUGUUGGGGAUGCACCAGCCACUACCAAGAAGCGGAAGCAGUCAGACGCCCCUGCCGGCGCGGCCAGCGUCACCAUGAAGAAGACGAAGGUCACGGUUAUGGUUGGGGAUAUAGCGGUCAACAUCGAAGAGGCAUUUACGGCCAAGAAGCAAACGGCGAGUAAGAAACCUACAUCUACAGACAAGAAGCCCGCGGCGAAGAAGGUGGUAGGGCAGAAGGCCGAAUCAGCCUCGAAGAGCAAAGCCGCAGCCACAGAGUUGGGGCCUACGAGCGCGGAAUACUUUCAAGCCGCUCCGGCGCCGAAAGCAAGGACCAAACAAACCGCCCGGAGAAGCAUGCCCUUCAACCGCACCUCCCUAACAAGCAGGCCGGCUCCCGAAAGCCCAGAGCCCCAAGCAUCGCCGCAGAUAUCCAUGCCCAAACAAACCGCUAGAAGAGGUGCGCAUACGUCUGUAGCAAGCAAGAGGAAACCUAAGCACGACGAGCCGGCGCCAUUUACCGGACACCCGAUAGACCCACCGUCCAAAAAGACCCUAGCGAAGGUCAAAAAAGAGGCCGCGGUGAAGAAAGAGCCAACCGUCAAGAAAGAGCCCACCGUCAAAAAGCCAAAGCCCACAGUCAAGAAUGAAGACCUCGACGACCCCAUCCCUCCACCAAAUCCCGAUUCCAGUAUCGCCGUAUCGGGCGUCUACACCAUGGCUUGUCCCACCAUUGCCGCCGGCUGGCCAUCCCACAUCUCGCACCUCCGGUUUCUGUUGCAAGUCGACCACGAGACCGACACCAUUUGGGGCUCCUACGAGCUCGGGCCCUUCAGCGGCGUCAUCCGCAUCCCGACCACGCAAGUCACACCAAACGUCUCUCUCCCCUUCGGCUGGCGAGGCCGGGAAGCCGAGACGGGACAGCUGUCUUUCGCGCGGAGUAACAGUGGGGAAAUUAGUUUCUCGGGCGCUGGUGAUAUCCGGGGCGCUAUUUUUGGGCUGUACGGCGAGGUGUUGGAGUUCUGGGGCGGCAGGAGGCAUGGAUUGCUGUGGAGCGGGCGGGCGGCAUGGGAGUAUGAGAGGGAAUGGGAUGCGUUUGUAGAUGAAGCCUAUGGUAGGUGA